AUGGAGGCUCUGCGGAAACUGCUGAGUCCCCAGACAGGGGUUGGCGAAGAAACUUUUAGGUUUGGGGCAGGUCCCGGCCUUCUGCUGCGCGGAAAGUCAGGCUCCGGGAAGACGGCGUUGCUGUUCGCCGCGGCUCUGGUGGCAGCGGGAGAGGGCCGAGGCCCCGUGCUGUUUGUGGCUCGGAGGGCCCUCCAGAAGCUGCCUCCGGGAUGGAAAGUGGGCGCCGCUAGGGAUCCACUCAGGCUCCAGAAAAUUCACUUCCUGUAUCCACCGUCCUUUCGAGAGCUGCUGCAGCUGCUGAGUGGCAUGCAUGAGACAGUGGCCCAACCUCCCUCCCUUCUGCUGCUGGAUGGCCUAGAUGAGUACUUGGCAGAGACCUCCGGACCCCAGGCGUGUGCCCACCUGGCAGCCCUCUUGGUGGACACAGUCGCCCACUUCUCAGGCUGCUCAAGCAGCAACUGUGGACUCCUGGUCACCAUGCGAAGUCCUGAUGAGGUUGAGACGGAAGAAGCUGCCCUCCAGCUAGCUGUGCUCCAGAGAUACUUGCCCACAUGCCUCUGGCUGGAGCCUGAGCCCCCAGACCUGGCAGAGGCAAGGCCCCAGGACCCCGAGGGGUGCUUCAGGGCCCGAGUCUCCAGUGGGCCAGGCUUCCCCAAGCAGGAAUGGUGCUUGAGUUUAAGACACGAUGGUGAGAUGGCUAUUUCCCAAGUGACCUGCCAACCCUCCCAGCACCAACCUCAGAGGUCUGAGACCAGCAGCCCCAGCUGAGAGCCCUGUUCUGGGGAUGGAAUCAGCCUUCCUAGGACCUUGUCUCUCCCUAGCCACGUGGACUUUGUGUCAGAAAGCAGCUAUCUAGAGGUGAGAGGAGGCAUUGUCGUGGGCUGUUCUUGGAUCUGGACAGCUGUGCCUUCCUGCCACUGAUGGGUAAAAUGUUGUUACACUGUAAUAUCCCCAACAAGCUCGGGCCAAGGGGCUGAGGAGGUGGCCACCAUGCUCCGUGGGGCAGUAGAAGUGGGAAGGGGAAGAAGGAAGCUGUAGAGAUCUAACCUUGUCCUUCAUCUAAUAAAUUAGGCA